AGAAUGAGUCAUAAAUGGGCUCCAAAUACCUGGGUCAAAGUAAGCAGAGCGUGUCAGUUGUGGCAAACACAUGCUCACAAGUCAGCAGCAUCACCUCCCUUGUCUGGUGCCUCUCACUGCAGGGUUUAUGUACAACAGCCUUACUACUACAAGGUUGGCUAUCUCAGCUGGAGGCACAUUCACCACCUGAGGAUCACUGGGCGCAAGGGAUGGCUCUGUAAAGCAAACCAGGUUAGACAACGACUUGGAUUCCACACCAGCACCCUGCAUUUGAACACUUCAGCCUCACGGUGGUCUGCUGGUCUGAGCCAACACAUGUCGCGGGUCAGAACAACACUGGACACAGUUUCCAAAGCUGUGAGCGGGACACAUACAGAACUUCUCUCUAAAAUUGGCAGACUCAAGCCCAGUGCUUUAAAGGGAAGGAAGAAGGCUGAGGCGAGUGUUGAGUCAGUGCCAAAGGCUGAGGAGAGUGCUGUCACAUCCACUCCUGCUCCCACCGAUGCUGCUCCACCUUGUACAUCUACAACACCCAAACCUGCAUGUAACUCAUCUCCUGCGAGUCCUUCUGUUCCUGCUUCUGCUGCUACACUUAAUGCAAGUGCCACUACCUCCACUUAUCCUCACAGUCCUUCUCAAGCAUCCGUCACUGCCACAAUUCUGACUGUGCGUGAACUUAAGGACAAAAAGCUGAGACGCGUCGUUCCCACUAUCAGAGCCAAUUCUGCCAGGAAACAGGAGGAACUUAAAUCUUCACCGAGUGAUACUGAAAGCAAGAGCACAACUUCCAAACAAACCACAGCACUUUUCCAUCCCAGCACCUUUUCAGUCAGCCUGGAUGAGACCUACAACUACCUGGCUCAUCACAUCAACUCAUACUUUAGCAGCAGUACAAAGACUCAGGACAAGAAAGUGGACAGUGCUGACAAUGCUUCCUCUCAGGGUCAACAACCUAGUGACCUCAUGCCAGUGUCUAAUAAAACAGUCUCUGCUGCUCCAGUCACCCCACCUUCCACGAAGAAGGGCUUGGGACACUACCUGUCCUACUCAGCUCCAACUGUGCAAGCCUUUGUAGGAAGCUACAUUGCUCCUUUGGUCCCAAAGUUCAGGACAGCAGAGUCCAAAACUGCUACAGUGGAGGAAAAGAAGUCUGAGGACGCCCUGGUCAAACAGGCUGAGGCCACAGUUACUAAGGAACAGAAGGCUGCUGAGGAGAAAGCCAAAAAACUUCUGCUUCAAAGGGAGAAGAUCAUUGCCAGGGUGAGCGUGGACAAUCGAACUCGGGGUCUGGUUCAGGCUCUCCACAGGGCAUCAGAUGUGAGGGUCUACAUCAACAGGGUGGAGGACCUCAGCUACCACCUCCUGGAGUUUCCGGAGACUAGUGGUGUUGCAGUCAAGGAGCAGGUUAUCCCUUGCCUGCUGCGUCUGAAACAGGCCAGUGACCCCGGCCUGAGGGCAGCAGUUAGAGAAGCCCUCGCUCUGGUGGGCUACCACAAACCUGUGAAAGGCCGAGGCGUUCGCAUCCUGUCCAUAGAUGGAGGAGGGUUAAGGGGACUUGUUGCACUUCAGACGUUACACAAGCUGGAGGCCCUGACCGGGAAACCUAUUUACAAACUGUUUGAUUAUAUUUGUGGUGUCAGCACAGGUGCUAUCUUAGGGUUCAUGCUAGGUGUGUUCCAAAUCCCACUGAACGAGUGUGAUGAUCUUUACCGGAAGCUGGGUUCAGAUGUCUUCAAGCAAAACGUCAUUGUCGGCACUGUGAAGAUGGGCUGGAACCACGCUUUCUAUGACAGCGAAGCCUGGGAGAACAUCCUCAAAGAGAAAAUGGGCUCUCACCUCCUGGUGGAGACAUCAAGAAACCCUGAAUGCCCCAAGGUGGCAGCGGUGAGCACCAUUGUGAACAGGGGCACUCCUCUGAAGGCCUAUGUGUUCAGGAACUACAACCUGCUGCCCGGGGUGCGCUCUCACUACCUGGGGGGCUGCCAGCACCAGCUCUGGCAGGCCAUCCGGGCCACAUCAGCAGCCCCUGGGUAUUUCCAGGAAUUCCCCUUGGGAAAUGAUCUCCACCAGGAUGGAGGUCUGCUGAUUAACAACCCUACUGCACUGGCUAUUCAUGAGUCUAAGUGUUUGUGGCCCAACACGCCCCUGGAGUGUGUGGUCUCACUUGGUACGGGCCGCUUUGAAACUCCUGGCAAGAACAGCACCACCUACACGAGCCUCAAAACCAAACUCACCAAUGUCAUCAGCAGCGCCACAGACACUGAGGAGGUUCACGCCAUGCUCGACGCCUUCCUCCCUCCCGACACUUAUUUCCGCUUCAACCCCUACAUGAGCGAAGACAUCCCCAUGGAUGAGAACCGGCAGGAGAAGCUCAACCAGCUGCAGGCUGAGGGCAUCCAUUACCUGGAGAGGAACGAUGAGAAGGUGAAGAAGGUGGCUCGCAUCCUCACCCGAGAGAAGAGCUCCGUCCAGAGGAUGGCGGAUUGGGCCAGGCUCAGGGCUGACAUGUAUAACCGUCUGUCCUUUAAGUCGUCUAAACUCUAGAUCCAACACAAGCCACCUUUACCCAACAAAAUGGAGCUCUUCCCUCAUUGUAAAUUGCCUAGAAUAUGUCAUGCUACCAUUAUGUGUCGUAGUUAUUGACUUCUUGAUCUGUAGCUCUGAAAAACGUUGUGUACACGCACAAAUAGGCACUGUGUCCGACAUGCCAAAUACUACCUUCCUUCUCACUCUACACUUUGACAGUGAGUUUAGUUUUGACGUGUUGCAAUCUGCAGGUAAGUGCAUCUGGUUGCCACCGUGGUUGGCAGCACUCGACUUGCACUUUGUUGCGUUCAAAGGGGAUUUGAGAGUUCCCUAAAUAGGGAUUCACUGUCACGUUUGCUUGCAAAUUCGGCUUGUAUUCUUAAAGGAGUAGUUCAUUUUGGGAGAACAUUUUGGGCAACUUGCUUUCUUGACAAAUUUUAGAUAAGAGGAUUGAUACCAUGUGACACUGUAUGGUAAAUAUGAAGAUACAUAGCUGGCAAUCUGUUAGCUUAGCUUAGUAUGAAGACUGAAAUUGGGGAAGCAGCUAGCUUUGCUCUGUCCAAAGGAGACAGUUUUCAGUUUUGGAUGGAGGGAACCUUUCCAUAAUUUUAAGAACCCCCUUGUCUGUUGUGUCCCCACUAAAAGUGUAGGAAUAAGUGUAAUUUUUAGUUUUUAGGGAAUUUUUUUAGCUCCUAUUUCACAGAAGGAACCAUAAAUGACGCAAUUGCAUGUUGACUGGUUGAACGCAGCACCGACAGCUGCCAUUUUAGUCUUGUAAAUAACAGACAACUCAUACAACAGCUCCUAAUAAAAAAGAGGAAUGUACUGACAGUGAAGUCCAGGCUUUACUGAGCAUGUACGUGAAGGUGAUAAUACAACACGAUUUUGGUUUGUCAAAGCAAAAGAGACACCUGCCGUGUUUCAGUAUAUCAAUUUCAACCUUCCUAUUGGCAGUGCGAAUGCAAACAGAAAAAAGCCCUUGAAGGUACGUAGUUCUCUGGGAGCUCCCUAGUUGGCAGCACCUCUCGGUGAAUCCCCAGAACUGUUUGGACUGAAAACGUCAAAAAUCCACCUACCUAGCUGUUCCCCAUUUCCAGACUUUGUACUAAGCUAGGCUCUAGCUACAUUUUUACCGUGCACACGUGAGUAUAAUUGAUCUUCUCAACUAACUUUAGUCAAGAAAGCAAAUAAAGAUAUUUAUUAAAAUGUUAAACUAUUCCCUUAAAAGGCAGAAUAUUGUAACGUUCUAUAGUAGCCAGUUACCGACUGUUAAACCAAGUGAGGACUUUUUAACCACUUGUUUCCUUUUUAGAGAUUUGUGAUGACAACCAGUAUAUCCUCACAAAUUUGUGUCUCUACUGUCACAGAAAAUUGUGUAGAUGGGACACGUCUUGUUUGAAAUUCAGUAUUUGUUGAGCUUAGCUGCCAAUCUGUAACUAUAAAACACCAAUGUAAAGAAAUGACAGGAAAAAAAAUCGUUCUUAUUUUUGUAAACAGUCUAUUAGUGUUGUCAUGAUACUGGAAUUUCUAAGUUCAGUACAAAACUUUGGAAAAUAUUGGUAUUUGAUACCAUUUCCGAUACAAUGGGAAAAAAUUAACAAGGCAUAACAUUUGAAUUUUUUAUUUACGAUAAAUGUAACAAGGCUAUAACAUGACAACGACAACGUUGACUGUAGUAAACAUUAACAGUAAGAGACAAUGAGACAGUGAAGUUGGUACAGGUGUAUUAAUACUGCGGAAAAUGAGUAUUCAAAUGGUUUCAAAUACUCAGAUUCAAUAUGUAUCGAUAAGUCGAUAUUAUUGACAACACUACACUCUAAUCGAGGUCAAUUUGAGCACUGAAUGCAAGUGACAUUUCUGAGAUGUAAGGACAAAAAUUUGCACCUUAACUGAAGCAGCUACUGGUCAACUGUGUAAUUGUGUACUGAUAAUAGUAACUGGUACAUGAGGGCUCACUUCAAGCAUUACAGUAUUGUAUGUAUUGUUGUAUGUAAAUGCAUGUUAUAUUUAAGACUGUUCACAAAAGAGACAAGUAAAUAUUUAGUAAAAAACCUGCCAAGAAGAGGAUGUUGCAAAGAUUUACCCCAAUAUUUAAUUCAAAACGUCUAUAAUGAUGCAUAGUUAUGGUUACAUAUGUAACAGAUAUAUCAGGGUGGUCUCACUCCCAACUCGCCAGUUACGGCAACUUGGCCCUACACUUCAAACUAUGACACUCUACACUCUAGUAAUUGUGUUGAAAGCAAAGGAGAAUUCAGGGGACACGUUAUAAAGAGCAACAAAGUCUACGAAGGGAGGAAGUUGGGGAAGACGGAUGGGUCAAACAAACACAUGACUUUCAUCUGGGACACCGGCGUUCGUGUCCCGUGUGAAACCAAAAGUCAGUGUUGACUUAAGUUGACAUAAGUACUAAGAAUGUCAGUUAAUUUUGCUUUUGAUGGCCCGACACCCAGUAACUGGUAAAUAAGUUCUUAAUUUUUCAGAAAAAAACAACACCAAUGAUAUGUAAUACAAGAGGCAUUUCAUUUUAACAUAAGUGCUGCAAUCCAUUGACUCACUGAGCUUUAGCUUUGCAUUCAGACCACAUUGCAUUUGCAUUCAUUUGUUUGUAGGCCUAAAUGUCUUGCCUUUUAUUUCUUUGUUGGCUUUGCUGACAGACAGUCUCCACUAGCUAGCCUUGGCUGUUCUGCACUGCUUAACACCGAGUUGGAUGGGAGCUAGCUAGUGCCACCGCUUAUUCGAGACUACCGCUGGUAAUACUUACCCUGUGGCGGCACAGGGUCCCGGUGAGUAAGUGGCCUCAUUUUGAGCUUCAUAUCCCCUUUAGCAUUGUUAACUAUUUUAGCACAACUGCUAACGGUGCUAACAGAGCUAAUAGUGAUAACAUAGUUACCAAUGCUACAAAAGGUUUGCAGCUCAAUAUUAAGCUGCCUACUCACCAGGGUGACAUGGGGGGUCAGGGACCAGGGGUGGGCACAAAGUUUCCACAGCAACACUGUAGGGUCAGGAUGGCAUAAUCGCCUAAUGAGUCGCGGUACUAACUAGCUCCUACCAGAGCUGGGUGGUGCUCUGUGCAGUAAACUGAGGAGAAAUGUUAGUAAAAUGAAUCUAUAGGCUGACAAUGUUCACUGUAGUUAACUAAUUAACAGUUAAGCAUUGACAUCCUGAGUGAUUAUGUAUGUUGACUUGCAUAAUGUAUUUAACUUACAUUGUGUUUGAAACAUACUUUCUGUAACCCAAACCAUGAUCAGGUAGUUUUGGUGCCUAAACAGGAAGUUUAUUUUGAAAAGAAACUGUAUGAAUGUAACCAGCAGAGACAGACACGUGCAAAACUGACUCUAGAGGGGUACGUAGAGAGUCAUAGUUUGAAGUGUAGAGCUUGUAGUUGAGAUUGAAAACGUAUUUGGUAUCUAAGUAACCAAAUGGAGGCUCGCUCUCAAAGAUUUAACUUGUAUGUAUUAUUUUAGCCUCAGAGUAUUUUAAGUUUGCUUGUUUCAAUCGCUUUUAUCAUGGUGUGCUUGAUUGUUUAGUUUUAUGGAUUCCCCACAGGCGCUGCACAUUUUCCACUCUGUCUUCAGUGUGCCCUCUUUCUCUUUGAUGCCUCUGCUCAAAAGCCUCUUUCACCCAUUCUACCUUGAAGUGCUGUGUGUCCGUCCCCACUCUGCUGUACUGUAAUGUCUGUCGAAAUCUCGCAGGUCAUAGCUGAGGGACUGGUUUGAAACAGAUUGCUGCUUAUUGAUUUAUCAUGGCUUAAAUUAUCUUAAUGACAUGUACAGCUUGAAAAGAUGCACUGCAGACAUUCAUGCCUGACCUCUUCCAGUACUGUACAACUGAUACAGUGAUGUGUCGGUCACUCCCAGAGGACCUGAGGUAAAGUGGAUGCAGAUAUUACGCUGAUUAAUAUAAUUCCACUGUUCUGUUGUUGAUCCUGUGUAAAGACUGUUUGAGAGUGUAUGUAAUUAAAACCCAUCAGUGAA